UUCUUUAUGUGAAGGUAAUGAACGAUUUGGAACCAAAUUUACAAAGGAUUAGAAAUAGAGCUGAACACUUGAAGACGAAAAUUCAACUGCUUGCUGUUGCUGUAGGAUCUUUGGUACCACUAUGCAAAAAUUUUUACGUAAUUAUUGAUAAAAAUUAUUAUAGAUUUGACGACAUUCGCACGGUAGUGGAUGUAUGUUUUAAAUGCGUGCAUGCUUUGCAUGCUGAAUACUCUCCUCAGAGUGAGACUAUCUGGUACUUUUUGCAAUUGGCAUUGUAUGACUUACACACACAGUGGGAUAAAUCAAUACCUCAAGUCAGUAAGCAAUUGAAAUCUUUAUCUGAAAAAUAAGAAAUUUUUUAACUAGUUCUUUACUGUCAGGCAUAUUAAUCGUAUAAAUAUUGAAAAGUUCUUUAUUUUAUUCUUAUG